AUGUUUUUUGUUAACAUUAAUAUCAAGAAGUUUCAGUUAUCCGAAGAAUUUGGUGCAUCACACGUUCCCUUCCGAUCGUUCGGCUUUAAGCCAGAUUUCUUUGCUUGUACCGCCGAUGCUGUGACGACAGAAUGCACUUUUCUUGAUCAAGCAACACACACUCCUAGUGAAACGGCUGGCUCAUGGUAUGUGAUACUUGAGUGGAACAGCCGGAACGUGGUGUUUGAAUUACGGGGCAACGCAGAUUUUGAAAAAUAG